UAAAGUUCUUCGAUGCCGUUUAUAUUUCACUGCUUAUUGAGUGUGCGUUCUUAAGCGUGGAUGUCUUGAUAACCCAAAUUAGCAGCAGCCAACCAAAGCUCUGCAAGCAGUUGCCCCGCAUAUGGCCCCAAAGCUUUGCACUAGAUGCCAAACGGCAAAGGCUGCUCUUAAGCGACCAAAGACACAAGAGCAGGUAUGCCGAGAAUGCUUCUUUACAGCUUUCGAGGAGGAGGUACAUCAGACGAUCGUCCAGAAUAAGCUCUUCAAGCAUGGCGAGCGAGUAGCCAUCGCAGCAUCUGGCGGCAAGGAUUCCACGGUGUUGGCGCAUAUCAUGACCACACUGAACGCGCGCCACGGGUACGGUCUGGACCUGUUCUUGCUCUCCAUCGAUGAGGGCAUCACGGGCUACCGUGAUGACUCGCUGGAGACCGUUAAACGCAACGAACAGCAGUACGGCAUUCCGUUGACCGUUGUGUCGUACAAGCAGUUGUACGGCUGGACAAUGGACGAGAUCGUGGCUCAGAUUGGCACCAAGAACAACUGCACCUUCUGCGGGGUGUUCCGGCGGCAGGCUCUGGACCGCGGUGCGGUGCUGUGCGCCGCCAACAAGAUCGCCACGGGGCACAACGCGGACGAUGUGGCGGAGACGGUGCUGCUCAACAUCCUGCGGGGGGAUGUGCCCAGGCUGGGUCGCUGCGCCAGCAUCAUCACGGGUGAGGACAGCCCCCUGCCCCGCGUGAAGCCCUUCAAGUACGCGUACGAGAAGGAAAUCGUGCUGUACGCCUACUACAAGAAGCUCGACUACUUCUCAACGGAGUGCAUCUACGCACCCUUCGCGGCGCGCGGCUUUGCGCGGGAGUUCAUCAAGGAUCUGGAGGCUGCUCGCCCGCUGGCCAUCAUCGACGUCAUCCGCUCCGCCGAGGACUUCACCUUCGGACCCCUCGCGCCACCCGCACCCGCUGGCACUGCGCAGCAGCCCUCCCAGCCCUCCCAGCCCC